AGUCUUUGGUGAAAUAAUGUGCAUUCUGUGUGUGUAAAAUUAAAUGUCACUCCUGUGAAACUAUUUAAAAUGUUUGCAUAUUUAGCUUUACCUGAAUGAAACAGAAUUAAAAUGUAGGUCAAGAAUUUUACUACGAACCUAAGGAACGCAUGUAAACAAACCAAAUAUUGGGAUCAUUUUACAAAGUGUUGCAUAUUUCUACCUGACCAGAUAUUGAAAUAUACGGGUAUAGCCCUAGUUAUUGAUCUUAAGUAAGUUAUCGUGUGUUGUACCGUUGUUAACGGCAUACAACAACAAAACAUGUAUAAAAUCAUGUUUGAACUCCUCUCAUGCAUUCAGUAUAUAAUUAAAAAUUUGGAAAACCAAUGCUAUUAAAGUUUGUGGUUGUAUAUCCGUUGGAGGUUUAAAAUAUAAUCGCAGAAAGCGAGUGGGCUAUAAAAAGACUGUUUUACUAGUACAUCGAUCAUAAUUGUGAUUUGCACGCCGUCUUUCUACUAUGGCCUUAUAUGCCUAUUGGAAAAAAUCUGUUAUUGGAUUUUUGUUGUGUAUAUUAACUUUUGCCGUAACUAAAUGUGUGUCGCAGAAGGUGUUAGAAGUGCCACUACUGGAAGUUGGAAACUUGUGGUAUAAGUCAUUUUCUACGAGUUCGAUAAUUUCAUUCUUUUCAACGUUUUUAGAUUUUUAUUCAAUUUAUACAUACAUUUGUCUAACAGCAGUAUGUGUGGCAAUUUAUUACCUAUACCAGUUAUUCUGUGUGCCAUUGAACAGAAUCAGGAUUUUAGGAGACAUUGGAUAUGUUACGGAAGGAAAAUUUACAAUGAAAGACAUGGCAAAUGUUGUACGGAAAUCUCGAAUGGUCGGAGAAGUACCACCAGUGUACCCCAACGGAUGGUUUGGUCUUACUGAAAGUUUUCAGCUCAAAAAGUCAGAGACGAAAAAUAUUCAGGUUUUAGGUUUACAGUUAGCAUUAUUUCGAGACGAAUAUGGAGAAGCGCAUGCAAUCGACGCCUACUGUCCACAUUUAGGAGCCAAUUUUGCUGCUGGUGGACGCGUUGUUGGGGACUGCAUAGAGUGUCCAUUCCAUGGCUGGCAAUUCCGUGGUUCAGAUGGGAAAUGUACCAAAAUUCCUUACUCUGAAAACAUUCCAGAAAUGGCAAAAGUUAAAUCUUAUAUUACAAAAGAAAUGAAUGGUUGGAUCUACCUAUGGUACCAUGCCGAAGAAGGAACAGAACCCUACUGGAUGCCACCAGAUAUAGAAGAAAUCCAAAGUGGUCAAUGGGCAUAUGGUGGCAGAUCUGAACAUUAUGUUAAUGCUCACAUUGAGGAAGUUCCGGAAAAUGGUGCUGAUGUUCAACAUUUAUACAAUGUCCAUACUCCAUUCAUGACAGCAGGGAUAGACCUAAGACAUAUGUGGUCAACUGUCUGGUCUUUUGCUUCCCAUGUCUGGAGUGCAAAGUGGGAAGCACAAAAAGCACCAAAUGAACAUAUAGGAGUAUUGAAUCUCACACACAAGCUACAGAUUUUUGGGAAAACUAUCACACCAAUUGAUCUCGAUGUCCAAGCCAAUCAGAUUGGCCCAGGCAUUGUAUAUUUAGAAUUUUCUUCCUUUUUUGGGCGUGGAGUUUAUAUACAAUCAGUUACUCCUGUGGAACCUCUUGUCCAGAAAGUUGUACAUAAUGUGUACAUAGACAGGAGGCUUCCAACUAUACUAUCUAAAUUCUUUAUGGUAUCUGAAGCAAUACAGGUUGAGAGAGAUAUAAUGAUAUGGAAUAAUAAAAGAUAUUUGAACAAACCAUUGUUUGUUAAGUCAGCUGAGGACAGUCUGAUAGGAAAACACCGUAGAUGGUAUUCACAAUUCUACUCAGAACACAGUCCAAGAUUGAAGUUUCAAAAGGAUUCAUUAGAAUGGUAGAAAAUAUUUUGUUGUUGAACAAAUUUAUAUCAAGAUGUUACUAUUGACAAAAUGUUGUGUUACAAUUUACAUUAUCAGUUUAAUGAUGUAAAACAAACAUAAUUUUUGAAAAAAUUAGAUAGAAUUGAUAUGGUUAAAGAUUAUUCAGCUCAAUUGUGUAAUAUUUCAAACCAUAUUUGAUAAUGCAUAUAAAUGACUUUAUUUACAUUUUAAAUAGAUAUUCAUUAAACAACGAUAUCUUGGCUCUGUUACAGAAAUCAAUGUUAUGUGAAGUUUAAGGCAGAAAAAAUACUGUGUUAAUGAACUUAAAUUAUUAAAUCACUCAGUCACAUUAUAUACGUGUAACAAGAGGAAUGCAAUAAUUACAUGUAUGUCAGAUGAAACUGUUCCAUAUUUUCUCACGAUUCUAGUGCCAGUCCUUAUUGAGAUGUUUGUUGAACAAAUACACUGUAUCUGGUGCAUUCAAAGUAUUUUAUGAAUUAAUCAAUGUCCAAAAUUAUUCAACUGAUAUUUUUAUCAAAAAGUAUUAUAAAUUCUGGCCAAUUUUUAGCUGAAACCUUGACUGCCGUGUGAGUAAUAAUUACAUAAACCUUAUCAGUGAAAACUUUUGUAAAAUAGACCUGUAAAGAACAGAACCUUGUACAGUGUAACUCUAGGAAGUUAGUGUUUUAGCUAUGAGAGUUAUUGUGACCUGCAUGUAAACUGUGAGUCUGUUGUGUUUACAGUACAAAGUUUGACUAAAUUCUUUAUUAUAUUUGUCAUAUUUUCCUAUGAAGUUUGUCAAAUUUUGAUUUUGUUCAGGAAAUGGUCAAACUUAAUGUACGUGUUAGUUCAUUGGUACUAUUAUUUUAUUUUCACUUUUAUUACAAAUUUUAUCCAAGUUAGCUGUGACAGACAAACUACUAGACUGCUCGACUGUGUGUUUUUUUUUUUAAGAAGUAGACAUCAAUAGAUUACUUUUAAAGCACUAUAUCAAAAGCAAAAUUUUUUUAGACAGUUUCCGUCAUAGUAAUGAAUUUCACAGGCAUAAAUUGCUUUGUAUACAUAUAUUUAAAAAAAUAAAACUACCUAUAUCAAGUAAAAUUUACAUCAUUUGUCGUUAAAUUAGGUAGGAGCUUUGUUUUUAUACCAGUAAAAUGAAAUUAAAACAAGGAAAUACACAUGUUGAAAAUAUCUGAUUUACUUUAAUGGAAUGUAUUGCCAUGAACCUCAUCUUUUUAGCACAUAUAUCAAGUUGUUGUAAGCUUUGUCAUGUAGAACGUUAUUGAAUAUUCAUAAAACAAAAAGCAAAUUUUGAUGUAUGGCUCUAAAUUUAGAGUACUUGUACUUUUAAUGCUUCCAGAUUGAGAAGAAAUUUAGUUACUUUGAUUAUGAGAAACUAUUUAUAAAGUUCUACAAUUUCUCUCAGUACAUAAAAAAAUCAUGUAAUUUGGCUGUCAUGGAGGAGUUAGGUCACACUCCAUUGCAUAUUGAAAUAAUUUGUUCAGUUAUAAAAAUUUUGACAUUAAAACUGUUUAAAGCAUUUUAAUGUUUAGCUGAUAUAUGAUUAACAUGAAAAAUGAUUUAAAUGAUAAUACAAAUGUUAUAAAAGGGAAAUUCAUACUUAUUUUAAAUUAAAAAAAAAUGUCCUUGUUUAUAUUAACACAGCUUUAAAACUGACUAUGUUCAUGAUGUUGAGCAAUAUAAAUAGAUAAUCAAAGCACUUUUAAUGAUUAAAGGAUAAAAUUAAUUAAUAUAUUAAAAUCUAACAAAUAAUAUACGACUGUGUUUUCGAUAUAUCUCCCAAACUUAUGUUUUUGAUACAAAUACUUUAUUAACUCCAAUUAAGGGCCUGUUACUGAGCAUGAUAAAUACAUAUAGUUUUAAAACUGUGUUAAUACAAAACUAGGAAAUUAAAUCAAUUUUCUUGUGGUAUACUUGUAAAUUUUUGUGCAUCUAAAUAACUAAUUUAUAAUGAUGAGAAUUGAACUAGAGUUCAAUUUUUUUUCCAUCUUCAAGCAAUUAUUAAUGCAUAAAAAAGCUUUUUUAUUUUUUAUUUCUUUGUUUUUUGUUUUCCUAAUUUAUUUCAGCAUAAUAAACAGACUUUACAGAAGUCACAAAUUAGGGUAAUCUGUUAUAAGUAUACACAAGGAUUAAAUAUAUAUCAAAGAUGUGAUAUUUUUCAUUUUUUCUAACACAAAGUUAUAGUGUAUGAGUUUCAUGUUGAAAAUGUACAUCGCAAAAGAGGCACAUUAGCACACUUGUAACAAAAUAUUUGUGUAGAACGAGUACUAUAUAAAUCUUUUGUUGUGACCAACCCAAUCGUAAGGACAAUCAUUGUUUGUUAUGCUGUCAAACAUCUAAUUAAUGUAUGAUAGUUGUUUUGAGAAAUAAAUAUGAAAUGUACACAUUUAGCUCCCAAAUGCUUCAUAGGCCUUUUUGAAAAAAAACAUUAAUUAAAAUUGAUAGGAUCUAUUUAGCUACACCUGGAUAUUUAGUUAUCCAUUUUGGAUCCACAAAAUACAGCCUUAAGUACAGGUUACAAAUAAUGAAUAAUAUUUUGGUUUUAAAAUAAACUUUUUGUACAAUUUAUAGAAUCAAAAUUAAUAUUAAACCCAAUAAUAAAAUCUAAUUAAAAAUUUGACAAAAGUUUCUACUAUCUAGAUGGCCUAGGAGGUACUACUAUCUAGAUGGCCUAGGAGGUACUACUAUCUAGAUGGCCUAGGACAUUUGUAGGAGGUAAUUUCUAAACACUACAGCUGAAAAAUAGACUAGGUAAGACCUUAUUGAUCAUUUUUCAAUAAGUUUAAAGGUUAAAGUCUGUUGCAGAACUACCAAAACUCAUUGACUAAAUGUAUUGUACCCACAGGCUAAUUUUUAGUAAAGUCUUGUGAAAAGAUAGACUUUUAGAUAAGGUUUUAUGUAAAAAAAAAAUGAUCUAAAGGCAUUGAUCUUGUAUCACAAUAUAUAGAUAUAGGAAGAUGUGGUAUGAGUGCCAAUGAGACAACUCUCCAUCCAAGUUACAAUUUAUAAAAGUAAACCAUAAGUUCACUUAAGUCACAAAUCUGCUAAUAAAUUAAUCUCUGAUUUCAAGCCAUAAAUGUAUUUUUUUAUUAAAAAUCAAAGACUGCUGCACAAAUUUUCAGUUAUACUGAAUAAAUUUUACAGUAAAAUUACAAAGCCACUGUCUUUCAAAAUGUAACAAUAUACUUCCAUGUUGUGAAUGGUAACUAUGGUCGUGUUGUGAAUGGUAACUAUGGUUAUGUUGUCAUCAAUCGAAACACUCAUUUCAUUUGUCCAUUCAAAUAGAUGUCUACUAGUCUCAUAGUUUUAGUUUUGAAAUGUACCCUUAGAUCUACAAUUCACACUAAUAAUGUCAAAAACUGAUAUUAAAAAAUUCACAACAGUUACACUAUUAUUAUAUUUAAGUUAUUUUGUUUUCAACAAUGACCUAUAUAUAAUGCUUUAUGAAAUUUUAUAAUGAAACGAUAAAAACUUCACACUAAAGACAACCAGUUGAAUACUUGGCUGUAGAAAAGUAGAAUUAAAACUUGUCCUAAAAAUGCUUCAGCUUAUUGCUUUGUCAUGCUAGUAGAAAUCAUAUAAUAAUAUAAUCAAACAAUACUCUGUGUUUGUUAAACUUUAUUGUAAAAGAUUUAAUAUUCAUAAUCGAUUCGUUAUUUUGAAAUGACUCUCAUUAGAAUAAAUGAAAAACAGUGCAUAAUAAGUGUAUUUGGCUGAGUGAAAGUAUAGAUACUCUAUUUGGGCUAGUAUUGUUCAUAAAGUUUAAAAUUCUUGUCCACCUAUAAUGUCAGCCAUUUUGGUAAGUCCUUGGCACCAAAACAACUUCUUUAUGACAAUUUAUAUUCAGCUGAAUAUGUAUUUCUUAUGUAUGUAAUCUCUAUACAGACCAAUGUAAAACAGUCCAUCAUUUCUGUCCACCUUGGUUCACCUAUUAUCCCAAAGUAACAACACCAGUAGUGACCUCAAAAGGCAUACCAGUGCUAAAUGUUAGUCUCCAUUUAUUAAUCAUUCUUGAGAAGAUAGUUGUGUGUAUUUCCAAUUGGGUCUAGGUAAAUGCCCAUGCUGAUGACCAUAUUGUUUGCUGGAUUGGCACCAAAGUCAGAACUUGUGGUUAGAAUCUUAUUAAUAACAUUUCUGUUCACUUUGUUUCAUGUUUUUCAAAGAAGGAAUUUCCUAUUUCUUUUUGAACUGUAAGUAGUUACUAAAACUGUUGCACUUACUUUGUUUUCUAAUAUCUGUUGAUUAUAUUUAAUGUAUUAUGAUUUUUAAUAAUUAAAAAAUCCUUAUAGAAAAACUGUGAUUGAUAAUCAUCUUAAAGAAUGUAUAUUUUUGAAACAUUAAUUGUACAAAAUAUAUACUUUUUGUACUUAGUAUAUAUUUUUUAAGGAACCUGUAUAUUAAUUUUGUGAGUAGAAAUGCUGAUAGUUGUAUGAUCACCUUCAUCAUUAUUUAUUUUGUCAUUUAUCUGAGAAAUAAACAUUGUUUUGUAAUGAA